CGGAUGCAGCGGGAGGAGGCGCUGCCGCCAUAUUUGCCCGGAGAGCAGCGAGCUGGUAGCUGCAGAGCCCCCCGGACCCAUCGGCUGCCAUCCGCCCCGCGCAGUCCCCGCCGCCGCCCCGCCCGUAGGACAUGGACGAUCGGGAGGACCUCGUCUAUCAGGCCAAGUUGGCUGAGCAGGCUGAGCGCUACGAUGAAAUGGUUGAGUCAAUGAAGAAGGUGGCUGGAAUGGACGUGGAGUUGACAGUGGAAGAAAGAAACCUGCUUUCUGUUGCAUAUAAAAAUGUGAUUGGAGCCAGGAGAGCUUCCUGGAGAAUAAUCAGCAGCAUUGAACAGAAAGAAGAAAACAAAGGUGGAGAAGACAAAUUAAAAAUGAUUCGGGAAUAUCGGCAAAUGGUUGAGACUGAACUGAAGUUAAUCUGUUGUGACAUUCUGGAUGUACUGGACAAACACCUCAUUCCAGCAGCUAACACUGGCGAGUCCAAGGUUUUCUAUUACAAAAUGAAGGGGGACUACCAUAGGUAUCUGGCUGAGUUUGCCACAGGAAAUGACAGGAAGGAGGCUGCAGAGAACAGCUUGGUGGCUUACAAAGCUGCUAGUGAUAUUGCAAUGACAGAACUCCCACCAACACAUCCCAUCCGCUUAGGACUUGCGCUCAACUUCUCUGUAUUCUACUAUGAAAUUCUUAAUUCUCCUGAUCGUGCCUGCAGGUUGGCAAAAGCAGCUUUCGAUGAUGCUAUUGCAGAACUGGAUACACUGAGUGAAGAAAGCUAUAAGGACUCUACACUUAUCAUGCAGUUGUUACGUGAUAACCUGACACUAUGGACUUCAGACAUGCAGGGUGAUGGUGAAGAACAGAAUAAAGAAGCGUUGCAGGAUGUGGAAGAUGAAAACCAGUGAGACACAAAGGCCAACAAGAGAACCCAUCUCUGACCACCCUCCCCCUUCCCCACAAAAACCCUCAGUGUCACUCUGAGAACCACCAAAUCUGACUUUUACAUUGGGUCUCAGAAUUUAGGUUCCUGCCCUGUUGGGUUUCUUUAUUUUUAUUUUUUUUACACAGUUUAAAAGUUCUUAAAGGCAAGAGUGAAUUUCUGUGGAUUUUACUGGUGCCAGCUUUUAGGUUCUUUAAGACACUAACAGGACUGCGUAAAGGCUCUUUCAGCAUUACUGUAUUGUCUCUGCCAGCUGUGGUGACAUUGCCAUCAGACCUGGAUGUGACACCUGAAGGCCGUGUAGGGAGAGAUUGGUCCUGGCCAGGUAGUGCUCAUGUGGUGGCAUCUUUCUUUUUUUUAUAACUGUUUAAACUGAAUUUUAUACCAAUGUUUCAACUUAAUUGGGUGUUUAGCUUGAAGUUGCGAGGUUGCAUUUGGGACAUUUAUUGUAGUGGUUUUACUGUAUAAAAACAAAAAGUUUCCAAACUGCUGAAAUGUUGCUGAAAAUCAUGGUGCUGGUAACAGUUCAACAAUCCGUGGCUGCUCAUUCUUGCCUGUUCUUUACUUUCCCUCCAAGCAGGUUAGCAUUGAAGGUGGCAUUGAUAAGCCUGCAUGCGUGUUCAAUAUUUUUUCUUUUCUCCCUCCCCUCUCCCCAUCUCCCUUCGCUCGCUCAACCUCUUUUGUUCAGUAUGUGUAACUUGAAGCUAAUUUGUACUACUGGAUAUCUGACUGGAGCCACAGAUACAGAAUCUGUAUUGUUCUUACUGAAACACAGCAUGGAAUUAACAUUAAACUUAAAUAAAACAAACCUAAAUUAAAAAUGCCAA